CUGAAUGCUGACUUUGGCAAGGAAAACGACAAUGAAGCAGAGGUGAUUCUAUCAAAGACCGAGAUGCAGAAGAAAAGAACCCUGAAAGAUGUAAAGUUCUCAGAUCACUUGGGGGCCAUAGAAAAGAUCCCGACAGAAACAUAUCUUGGCAUAAGGAUUACAAUCAAUGGUGAAUUGUAUGGAUACGAUAUUCCAAUACCAGAAGGACAGAAAAUUUAUCCAGACAAAACAGUUGUAGAUCCAAAGAAAGAUUCCAUUAAUGUCAAGAUUUUCAAGGAAACCAAGUUCAGUCUUAAGAAAGCUAUGAUGAGAUAAACCAGAGAGACUGCAAUAUGCGACUUUUACACAUAAUAAAGACCAAUCUCAAGUGUGUGUGGUGUGAAAAGUAGUUCAUAGGUGGUGACAGUUAUUUACAUGUAUCCUUGCAUAAUUAAUUUCAGCAUUUUU